AAUAAUUAGAAAAAGAAAAAAUAAUACAAACAUAGAAUAUAAUCUUAAUGAAAAAAGACUGAAACAGGAGAGACACGCAAACAUACAUAUCCAUCUGGAUCACAACGGUUGUUCUUUGCAUCAUCUCUUACUACCAGUAAAAGGAAAGGAAGACCAUAAUUUUGCUUUAAAAAGACAAGUGUGCGAGAGUCUGUUCUGUGUAUCAGGUUGAAGAGAGAGAUAGAGAGAGAGGAGAAGAUGACGCACACAGACGAGAUGGUGUCCAUUGAGCUACCAGCCCCUUCUUCAUGGAAGAAACUGUUUUAUCCGGAGUUUGCAGGUUCACCGAGGAAGACAAAUAUCGUGUUCGUAGCUCCAACUGGUGAAAGGAUCAGCUCACGCAAGCAGCUUGAGAAGUACCUCAAGGCUCACCCUGGGAGCCCUGUCAUCUCUGAGUUUGAUUGGACUAAUGGGGAGUCUCCGAGGCGAUCUUCCAGGAUCAGCCAGAUGGUGAAGGCUACACCAACGCCCACUCCUGAUGAGAAAGAGCCUCCCAAGAAGAGGAGACGCUCUUCUCUCUCUAAGAAGGGGGGUAAAGGGGCUGCUGCUGCUGAGAACAACGAAGAGGCGCAAGAAGGUGAGGCUGUUGCUGAGGAGAAUGUGGAGGCUGACAAGAACGGAGAGGCGGAAGAGUCUGCUGUGAAGGAGAACAAAGAGGGUGAGAAGGCUGAGGCUGAGGCUAAGGCUAAGGCUAAGGCUGAGGCUGAGGCUGAGGCUAAGGCUGAGAAGGCUGAGAAGGAGAACAAGGAGGAUGAAAAGACUGAGGCCGAAAAGCCUAUGGAAGUGGAUACCUCUGAGGUGGUGAAGAAGGCUGAGGGUGAAGGAGCCGCUGAAGAACCUCCCAAGGUUGAAGACCUCAAGGACACCGAGAUGAAAGAACCAGUGGAAGCUGUUGCUGAGGUGAAUGAAGAGGAGAAGGCUGCUGAGAAAGAGACUGAGAACAAGGACAGCGUGGCAGCAGAAGCUAACGGAAAGGAGAAUGCGCUUGCUGCCGAUGCAGAAGCUGAUAAGGUGAAUGGAACAGAAGAAGCUGAUGACAAGAAGACAGAAGCUGCAGCAACAGUAAUCGAGUGGACCGAGGGGGACGCCGCAGGCACAAGGAAAGAGUUUGUUGUUGUUUGAUUUGAGGUUUUUUUAUUUUGUAGCAUUAAAGAUUAUUAUGAGUGGUUGUUGUUGUUGUAUGUGAUGGUAGAGAACUAAUGUCUAUGUAGUUCAGUCCAUUAUCAUUAGUCUUCUUGUA